AUGCCUUCCCACCGUCCGGGCCCUUUGACUCCCACCCCUGUCAUCGUCGUCAAGGACUCUGGCUCUUCCAGCCGCGAGAUCAAUAUCAACAGCCAUGCUGAAUCUCGCUCAACCCGUGACGGCGGCUUCGUCUACAACUCGCACACUACAAUUACUAGCGAGUCCACGCCGCCGCCGGCACUGCGCCGCCCUCUCCCGCCAUCGCAACAGAUGAGCACCAUAUCGUCGCGAGGACCUCGCCUAGCUUUGCCGGCGCCACCAUCCUACGUCUCAUCUCCGUCACGCAGCGCAGCGCCCUCUUUUGCCUCGUCUUCGUCGCGGACGGCGCGUCCGAAUAGCUUCUCCACGCCGUCGUCGACGGCCACGGGGUCGAGUCGCCGCUUCCCGCCAGUGUCUUCUGGGGGCCAGUCUCGUUUGCCGCAGCAGAUGCUCUUGCUGCGCGACGCGCCGCCGAGUAGUAAUGUGUCGUCGCAGCAGCGCUCGAGAUUUUCGGGCCUACAUGACCACUCGACGGUGAUGCCGGAGAGCUCGGCGAGCAACCAUACGCAUAAUGCGGAGAAGGCGGCGCGGAGGGAUAUGGAGGCGUGGGCUAGAGCGUCGAGACGCAGUUAG